GCACAACGGGAAGAAAGUUGGAGUCUUGAUUUUAAAGAUUGAUUGAUUUCUUCCAUCCAACCAGUCGACCAGUACAACACCGUCGCCAUGUCGGAAGGAAAGGACAAGAGCGCCAACCCCAUGCGCGAGCUGCGCAUCCAAAAGCUCGUGCUCAACAUUUCGGUCGGCGAAUCUGGUGACAGACUCACCCGUGCUGCUAAGGUGCUUGAGCAGUUGAGCGGUCAAACUCCUGUUUACAGCAAGGCUCGCUACACCGUCCGUACCUUUGGUAUCCGUCGUAACGAAAAGAUUGCCGUCCACGUUACCGUCCGCGGCCCCAAGGCUGAGGAGAUUCUCGAGCGCGGUCUCAAGGUCAAGGAAUACGAGUUGAGGAAGCGCAACUUCUCCGAGACUGGCAACUUUGGCUUCGGUAUCAGCGAACACAUUGACUUGGGUAUCAAGUACGACCCUGGUAUUGGUAUCUACGGAAUGGACUUUUACUGCUGCAUGACCCGUCCUGGAGAGCGUAUCGCCAAGCGUAGACGCGCCAAAGCUCAUAUCGGUUCCAGCCACCGUAUCACCCAAGCCGAGACCAUCAAGUGGUUCAAGAACCGCUUCGAGGGAAUUGUCCGAUAAAUGCAUAGCAAAAACUUGAAGAAAUUCUCGGUGCGGGGGGUACUUUUUAUGUUCAUGUGUCUUGUGUUUAUUCGAAAUGGUUUCAAAAAAUGGUGAUAUAAUUGGCGCUGUUUUUUUUUUAUCCUCAAGGAAGGAAGAAAAGAGAAAUAACAUCUUUUCUUUUUUUUUUUAAAACCAUGUGCUCUAACAAAUACAAGGCAGUCUGUUCAUCGAUAGAUGAGUAGACACUUUGCCGGGCUUACCGAUGAGGGCUGCACUAGAGUCUAGGGGGCGAUAUCACACAGUCCAUUAUGGAAAUGGAACCUUUAGCAUAGCCAUGUCAGUCUAUGAUCAAUGAAGGACGAUUCACUCAAUUCAUAACCUCGACUUAGAUUUCGAUACUCGUUCAACAGAGACAUUGGUGAGAAAGCAAAACUGAAUUCAAACAUUGCACAAGCAGAUUUGCAAUACAAAUCACUUCGACCCAGACGUAUACCCAUGCCACAACUUCCCAAAAAAUCCCUUCUCAGGCAUCAUCUCUGCAUAACUCUUCCUCCUCUGCUCAUGACUCGGAUCGGAGUAACUUCCUCUCUUCUGUGUGUGCAGAGUAUCAAACAGUGAUUUUCCCGUGCCGCUGGAGCGUCUACUCUCAGUUGAUUUUGUGGAUGACGAUGAUUCGGAUUCCUCCCCCUCAAAGUUAGCAUAAAGAUGAAGAGACAGGAAGAAGGGGGCGUACACGACGCUUCUUGUGAGCAUCCCAGCCAGCCCAUGGUGCUGAGGGAGCGGUUGAUCGGAUACCGCCGUUCAGCCAGACGUUUUGAUGUUCGUGGCGGGCACCGGGUUGACCGUUCCAGUGACGACGGGGGGAUGUGCUGGUAUUGUCCGACAUGUUAUGUUUUAUUAUGGAUUUUGUGGUUGAUGGCUAUUCAGAUUAUGUGUAAUGGGUGCCUC